AUGCCGCGGAUUCAGCUACAAUCCGCCCAUCACUUCUCUACAUGGUUGCACAAUGAGAUCGUGGCCGAGGUGCCGUUCGGCCUAUCCCUGCGUUUGCGCCCUCUACCAAUGCAGGGACUUGCGACUGCCUCGGGGGGCGGGCUUGUAUUGGUGAGGCCUCACGUCGGACACAUACUUGCAUCCUUGACUGCAGAGACACCAGUGGUGCUGGCAGAGCUUGGAGCUGAUGACGGCGAUGCAGUCGAGACAGUAGAGCUGGAUGGUGCAGCGGUUUCACGCCCCGCGUCAGGGUGCAUACAACCCACCAGCGGCUGGUACGCCUUUUUUCUGCGGACAUUGAUGCAUCUCACGAGCACAAACGUGUCGCUUCCUCGCCACACUGAAACCUUUUCCUCGUCGUCUUCUGCAACGUGCACUGUGGCAACGACAGAUGGGGUGGGCCGCAAGACCGCGCUUUAUGCAACAAUGCUGUCGCACUGUGCGGAGUGGUGGGACGCUGGCAAGACGGUGCAGUUCACCGGCGCUCGUCUUUAUCCCCACAGUCUGUCAAUGCAACGGGCGAUGCCGCUAUACAGACCAUUUGUCUUUUUCGACGUUAUGUCAGAGGCUGCAGGACGUCUUGCAGACCCAUCGAGGCUCAGUGGAAGAGGCGGCAGCAACAGUGCUACCCGCCAACGCCUGCUGCGUGUACUGCAUCUUCUCAGCGUUCGCGGGGGCUGGCAGCUCUGCGUGCAGCGCUCUUCUCGAAGCGACGAGAGCAACGCUGCCGCCACCCCGUCUCCGACGCUGUUGCGCCAAGAGGAGGGGUGGGUUCACAUGGACUGGCUUGACUACCUCACAGAGCGAUGUGUGGAAGUGGACUUGCGACCAGCUGGAGAUUACAAUGGCCUUGAGUCUCUGCUGCGCGGCGCUGCUUCCCAAGUGUGGCUAGACAGCGGCUCAGCAACCCAUUCCAUGCCCAUCGCCAAGCCAGCAGUGUGCACUCGGAGCUGCGGCUGUGUGGGUGGUGGAGGUGCCGGGUUCGCUUUCGCAGUGCCGGAUGUCUUUGUCCCUCUUUGCGCUGUGUUGUGGCACAUUCUGUCGACCGAGGUGGAAGGGGCUGUACUCGCCACCUUGCACAGGUUACUGCAGCAGUAUCUGUGCGGGCCCUUUCUCGCUCCCUCUGACCGCGCUGGGAUUCCCUCGACGAUGCACCGGGGUGAGGAGACCAGCAUCUUAAGGUACGCGUUCCACGCGCUGCAGACGCUAGUGUACUCGCCAGGGCAAGCGUUUGCCUGUGACUUGACGCACUCUGAUCGGAGCAGCGUCGCUUCCAGUUCGGCUUCAGCGCUGUCACCUCCCGUAGCAGGUCCUGUCACGCUUUCCUGCAUCAUACCCAACGGUGUCUGCCUCCUACCACUCGCCCGCGAUAGCGCGUCUUCGCGCUUCUUCCUUCAGGGACUCCCCACGUUGGUAGCGCCGGACGGGAUUGUGCUGCGUCGGCAUCUACUUCGUGUGUUGCUGCUACGCGUCGAUCCAGAAGGCGACUGGUUGCCGCCGCCAGAGAAGUUGGCGAGCCAGCGCUCGUUUUACGCUUCGUUUGAUGCACAAAGAGGAGGGCCAUGUGAAGGAGAGGAUAGCGGCAGCGAGAUGAGCGACGACUUUGCAUUGCAGGAGGCCCGUGAAGCAGGCAGACGGACUGUGACGCGUAAGGGCACAGCUGCGGCUGGCCAGAGAACACCUCCCGCGUCGCUGCCGUCGCCACCCCUUUCUGCGGAUCACUUUCUCACAGAGGAUAGAGUGAUCUCUACGCUGACGGCGCACGUGAUCCACAGUGGGCCCUUUGCGCAAGCUGUCGCUUCUGCUCGUGGCCUUGAUAGGUGCCUCUGGCUUGCCGCAAUACGUCUCUUUGUCUACGCACUCCUUCACGGUGCGCGUGUGGUGAUCACUCCUGAGCGACUGCCCACCUUUGUGAACACGUUCGGCUACCGCCACGUGCCUCAGCUGCACCGGCGACUCUGCGAACUUCGAGGGACGUUCCGGAAAGCAGCAGAAGACGGCGGCACGUUGCCUCUUUUCACUGACAUCGAUGACGUGCCCACAGGAGCCGCUGUGAUUUCGCUGCUGGACGCGGCGUGCCAGCGUGAGCCGCCGAUAGCCGUGUACGUGGUGGACCAGGUCUCCCUGAGCGGCUUCUCAAAGCUUCAAGUGAGGAGCGGGGUUUCUGGGACGGCCAUCUCCGCUCAUGCCGUAUCCACGGCGCCAGCUUCUCUGCCGCUCCUCCCGAUACUGCUGUGCUGUGACGUGCUGCGCCACCCGUGUAGCUUUGACGAAGCACGCGACUCAAGCACCCCUAGCGGCAUCUGUGAGUUAGCCCACUGCGGGGUACUCGACGUAGCAGAGCUGUGUCAUGUGUCUGCCUGUUGGCAGCCACAGAAGUCCCCAUGCUCUGCAGAGGCGCUCAUGACGAGGUGCGCUGAGGUCGUUGCCUCGCAAGACAGAGACGCUCCCGGCAUGCACGACAGCCGUGUAUUCAUUGCGGCGCUGCACCUUGUAGUCACGCCUUCUUUGACAGAUGUGGAGGAUGGGGCCAGCACACAAAGUGUUGAGUGGAGUGUUGAUAAUCAAGCAAGAUGCGGCGUUCAUGUGGACCCCUGGAAAGCUGCGGCUGUCGAGUCAGAGCUGCGGCAGCCGCUGCUGCCCACUCUCCUGCUCGUGGCUCCGAUUCAGCUGCAGACCGUUCUGUACGCGGGACUGCUGCGCAAGGCGGCGUUGGCCCUGCUGGAGGCACUACCGAACCCUUGUGCGGGGGAGGCCAUUAUGCCAAAUUCUAUGUGGGAUACGGCUCGUACUGGUCAUUCAAACGUUCGAGGCGUUGUUCGCGGCGGCGGUGCCUUCUUCGUGUCUCUGGCAGCCCAGGCGCGGUGGCUAAUGCGGCGGCUCUCGCUGUCGCCGGCCUGUGCCGCUGCUGCGGCGACGCUCACGGGGGUGGGCGUCGCGACUCCGCGGCCUUUCGCAUCGUCUGACCCCGUUUCGUGGGGGAUUGGCGUUGGUCCUCAGGACCACGCCACAAUACGCUUCGUGCUGGCAAUCUUGUGCGAGUCGUGUGCAGCGAUGGUAACUCAACUGGCGCAACCGCUGAUUGAGGGAGGCGCCGCAGUAGGACAUUUAUUGUCUCCGUUGCCCAAUGCCCAGGCCUUUCCUGUGACUCGUGGGCGGCGUGCCCGGCGCCGAUUGUGGAUCGAGGCGCUCCGCGCUGCCGUCGAGGCACCUUCGGCGGUACCCGGUCAGUCUCUGCUGCAUAUUUCUCACAAAAGUGUAGACGUGAUGCUCUCGGCGGAGGAGAGCGGUACUGCUGUUGGCGCGUGCUUCGGCGCGAACACGCUACACGAGCGCGCCAUGCAGUGGCUCAGUUCGGAUCGCUGUUUCUCUUCCCCCACUUCACAAUCUGGCGGCUGCUCUACGGAGCCGCCAUCGUCUAACUUUCCUUUUCUGGAGCCGCUUCACACCAACGCGCGCGCUGUGCGGGAAGCGCUCGCGCUUGUGCUACGUACGCUCUCUGCUACCGUAUCCUAA